GUGGGGAUGGGAUGUAAAAUUUCCCGCGGAAACGGGAACGGGAUUUUAAAAACCGAUCCCGUCCCGCCCCGUUGACAUCCUUACACAACAGGUCAAAACUGUUGGCUUCCAAAAUCUGAAAACUCUAUCAUUAGAUUCAUGUCCAAGUUUGAGAUAUUUAUUCACUGCUUCCAUAGCCAAACUCCUCGUGAUGCUAAAAAGUCUCAGAGUUGCUAACUGUAGAUCAAUGGAAGAGGUCGUUGCAAAAACAGAAGAGGAGAUUAAUAAUGUUAAUGCGGAAUCUUAUGUGGUUUCAUUUCCCAAUCUGGUUUCCAUUGAAUUAUAUUUUCUGAAUAAUCUCUGCUGUUUAUGUCAACAACCUUAUGCUUUUGAAUUCCCAUUCCUAGAGACUUUACAGAUAAGAAAAUGUCCUAAGUUGCAGACAUUUAUUACUGCAAAUAAACCGCCAAAGACACCUAACCUUAUGGGUGUACAGCUUGAUGACAAAUACAUGGAGAUUUUGGAACAGGAUCUUAAUGGCACCAUAAGACACUGUUUUGAAGCAAACCAGACAUUUGUGACCGCAAAUAAAACUCCGAAGAUACCUAAGCUUGAGGUUGUAAAUCUUAAUGGCAAAGACAUGGAGAUUUUGGAACAAGACCUUAAUGGCAUCAUACGACGCCAGUUUGAAAAACCAGAAUAAUAAUAAUAAUAAGAAGAAGAAGAAGAAGAAGAAGAAGAAGAUCUAGACAGCACAGAAAACGAAGAAGAAAAUCUAGAGAGCACAGAAGAAAAAGAAGAAGAACAAGAACAAGAACAAGUUGAAGAAGAAACAGAUAUGCAAAUAAAAAAUUCUGUAUAGUAGAAGAAGAAAAACCAGAGAUGCAAAUAAAAAAACUUUGCAUGGUAGUAGAACAUAUGCAGUUGGUAUUCACAAUAUGGCAGUGCUAUACCCUUCUUGUAUAUUCUUGAAUAUAUAGAAAGCCUUUACAGAGAAAUAUUUAUUGUCCAUUAAUUCGCCUGUUUUGUUAACAUUGCACUCAACAAACCAAAAAAUUUCUUCAUGGGGCAGGUGCAAUAUGCAUGCCCUGUGGCUGUAUCAUUUUAUGCCCUUGCAAUGAAGCAUGGGUAUGUUAUUGGUCUAGCCAGUGGUAAGAAGUUGGUUGUUGCACUUUAUUAUCAUUGUACUAAACUGGCGCAACUGUUACAACAUAUAGGUAAAAUAUUAUAAAUUACUUGAUUAUCUACCUUUAGAUAUUAUUUAUUUAUUGUUUUG